CCCUCCUCAUCUUUGGCUCACAAAGUUAGUCGAAUGGUUUUGACAGUCAACAACAACAACUACUUGUUUCUGCUCGCCCCAAGGUGUUCCGGCACCCGUGCGGCUUUGUAGAAACUUUUGCAAGUGCACCAGGUACCCUAGCUGCGGUUUCCUUCGACGAAUUCGGCCGUCCGUCGGCGGUAUUCGGUGAAGGAAUGGCUGCGAAAGUCAGGUGGAAGGUGUCAGCGACUUUCCUGGCAAUGCAGAUUUUCUUCUACGGCUCGGCAAUUGCAUUAUUUGAACACAGAACGUGCAGUCAUGUGCCCCCCAAAGACGAAGAGGUUGUUCGUGGAGUGCACUUGGAGGAGGGUCACAUAAUUAGGAAAAGAAGUCUGGACCAGCCUCUGAGGAUACUUUUGUACUACGACGAGAGCGUUUACAGACUUGAUCGAGAGAAAUUCGAGUUAAUUAAUAAUACAAUAUUACCAGAGGCUGUUCACUUUUGGGAGCAGGCGCUCAUGGUGAGGAAGACUGCCAAUGUAAUUAGACUAAACAGAAAGUGUGAAAACAACCAAGUUUUCUUCAGGAAAGGCGAGCCGCAUGUUUACUGCAAAAACGCCUGCGAGUCGAGAACCAUGUGUGGCGAAGUGCAAGUGCCCGAGUCGCACCUCGACGUUUGUCGCGCGUGCAACGCCACAGGGCAAAAGUGUGGAGAGGUCGCUGGCAGUACGGCAGGUCCUGGAAUCGCCAAUGCCGACUUUGUUUUCUACGUGUCCGCGAUGGAGACGGAAAGGUGUCACAAGGGAAUGACCGUGGCCUACGCGGCUCAUUGCCAACAGGAGGCCGCACUUGACAGGCCAAUUGCCGGUCAUGCCAACCUGUGUCCGGACAGCAUUAGCACAAAACCCCAAGAACUGGAGAUUUUGCUGUCGACGGUCAAACAUGAAAUUCUCCAUGCUCUCGGCUUCUCGAGUAGUUUGUACGCAUUUUAUCGAGAUUCGGACGGAAAUCCAUUAACUCCAAGAAUAGACAACGGCAAACUAGUAUUAAAUGAAAAGCUUCAGACAAGACAGUGGAGUGAAAAGGUCAUCAGGACGUUGACGAGGAAAGAUUGGAAAGUGAGAGGAGGGAAUAUUACGAGAAUGGUGCAGAUGGUCGUUCUACCGAAAGUUGUGGAGGAAGUCCGAAGGCACUUUGGCUGUGACAGUUUGGAAGGAGCUGAACUGGAGGACCAGGGCGAGGAAGGUACCGCAAUGACCCAUUGGGAGAAAAGAGUCUUUGAGAACGAAGCCAUGACUGGGACUCACACUCAAAAUCCAGUCUAUUCGCGCAUAACUCUUGCGUUGAUGGAGGACACGGGCUGGUAUCGAGCCAAUUAUUCCAUGGCCCAAGUGCUGAGUUGGGGCAAAGAUUUGGGCUGCGACUUUGCACAGAAGUCUUGCAAAGAGUGGAUGGACAAGAGAGUGAAGCUCGGACUUUCUAUCCACCCGUACUGCAAUAAAGUGAAAAAAGACCCUCUUGAAACUGAAUGCACGGAUGACCGGAGUUCUGUUGCCCUCUGCAAUUUGGUUGAGCACUCGGGGUAUUUACCGACAAAAUACCAGAAUUUCGACGCAAUUCCUCACAUAAGUCAAGGGUCCGAAGGGAAAUACGGAGGUUCCGUAGCUUUGGCUGAUUACUGUCCUUACAUUCAAGAGUUUUCGUGGCGCGCGAAAAAUGUGGUCGUCCGAGGAUCCCAUUGUUACUUUGAGGAAAAUAAUCCCCAGCCGGAAAAGAACUUUGCCCUUGAAAGCUACGGUGAAGGGUCUCGUUGUUUCGAUCACACAGGGUCAAUGUGGGAGGAGCGCACCUGUCGGCAGGUCCGACUGUGGCAGCACUGGGGCUCCGGUUGCUACAAAUACAAUUGCCACGGAGGUCGCAUCAACGUCAUUGUGGCCAAUUACACCUACACCUGCUACCACAAGGGCCAAGAAAUUCCGAUCAAAAUAAUGGCAGACGAAUGGCUGCACGUUGGAGCCCUUGUGUGCCCAAGCUGCGAGGAGCUGUGCGAAGAUGAACUCCAGAGUGUCGGCGCCAGCUGCAAGCCUCCGAUCAAUUCGUUAUCCAAGUACCAAACUCAGCAGGACGAAUUGACAUGUUCUGCGACCAGUCCUGGCGAUUCAAGGUUGCUCAUCACUCUUCUCGUUAUUCUUAUUCUUCGGCUGGUUCCCUAAUGACUUUUGCUCAAAUGUGGGUUGCCAUGCAAGAAAUGUUAAUGUGAUUGUUACCUGUGCUGUCAGUCACUGACAUUACGCACUACUCAGUUAGCUUAUGUGUUUAGUGGGCAAAUUAGAUUAUUCUGGUUAAUAUUAUUUUUUAUAUAAUAAGUCUGCCGGACAAACUGCUCAGAAUUUUAUUUUACGAUAGAUAUUCUACUUAAUUAAAUUCAACGAGGAUGAAUCACCCUCGGGGUCUUUUAAGUUUUCUGCAUCAAUUAUUCUGCAUUUGAAGUGAUUAUAGCUUUUUAAAUUAUGAUCUCAGUUAGUACGACCUGUCAUUUGUCAAAGUGUAUAAGAUCCUCAUAUCAGGCGAGGUCUUAAGAUUAAUCAGAUGUUUCAAUGUGAUCAUGUACAUCAUCGACGAGUAAUUUUAAAAAAGAUUCAAUUAAAUAUUACUUAAAACUUAA